AUGUUUCACCAGGGUCGCGUUAUAAUUGUUUGGUUAUCUUGGCUUAUUGGAGGUGUUUGCGGAGUUGUUAUUUUGUUAAUAAUUAUUUGUUACUGUCGCCUAAUGCCGCGCCAUCAGAAAUCUUUCGAUGAACAAUACCUUAAAGAACACUACACAAUAAAAGAGGGUCAUGGAUACACAGGUCGGGAGAACUACAGAAUAAAAACUACAGAGGUGCAGGUCCAGCGUGCCGCUCGUCCUGCAAGCUACGCCGGUGACGCCGACCGCCGUACGCCGACAUCGGGUCCAGGCGGCGGGGGAGGGGGAGCUCGUACGCAUUGCUACGUCAACCGCGUACCUGACUCCAGGGAACACUCUCUCCAGUACGCGUCUAGUGGCAUGUUGGAUGAAAUGGACUGCGUAUCUACGGGAGGCGCCAGUGCGGACGCGCUGAAAACACGUUCACUUCCUGCCUUCCUUCGACCUAAACCACGUCCGUUAUCCACUGAGGAUGACUUGCAUCAGCUUUAUGAUAAGGUGAACCUGAGCAAGAAGUAUAAGAACCGCAUGCGGAGUGAGCACGCGGCCAUCAUCGCCCUCAGCAAGUCUCACAGUCAGUUCCUGGACGCGGACGCCGUCAUCGUUUACGAUCAGCGGACUGCUCUCUGA